CCUUCUAAAACCGUUCCUCAGCUGUUCGUUUUUUCAUGCGUCGUUCUGCUGUAGAAGCCGUUAGAAGUCUCGUGACAGCAUAGAGUUGGUUCAUUAUUUUCGGCUUGCCCUAAAUGCUUUUCUAACCGACUUCAAAUUACUUCCAAACUAACAUUUAACGUUCCCAUUUAGUAAAAAGAACGCGAUGGCUUCGUUUAAUAUUCACGAGGACCAAGAAAAUUGUCCCGCCUUUCGCCAAAAUAAGACGGUUCUUGCACAUGGUGGUGUACAGAAACGAACGGUCUUGGGGGCCAUCGAUAACCGAUCCGAACGUUUUUUCAACAAAAAACAGUCACAAAACGGAAAUCGGGAUGAUAUCCUCCCAAAAAAAUCCGUUCCUGUCGUCCCCGUUGCGCAAUUCGAAGCGUUUAACGUUUACGAAGACAUCAUCGAUGAAAAACGCACCGAAAGGCAAAGAAAGCGUAAAGAAAAAGAUAUUUAUUGUAACGUUUAUAAGGGAACGGAAGAGGAUCGUUUUGUAACUAAAAAAGAGGUUAAGGAGAUGGCUGCUCGUUUACAACAACAAGCACUUUUAAACCCGGAGGAAGAAGUUCGAGUUUCAGUUUCUGAUCGUGAACUUGAACGGAUCAUAGCGUCUCCGAUGAACAUUGAGAAGGGUGCUAAUAAAAAAUUGGAUAAAACGAUUAAUCGUACUGCAAAAGAUUAUUUCUUUGAAUGUAUUGAAUAUCGAGGUAGCAUUUUGGAAUAUUUAUGCGAAAGGGAGAAAUUGAAUCGUCCCAAACCGGGAUACAUGGUCAAACAACCUGAUAUUACUCACAAUAUGCGUGCAAUUCUUGUCGAUUGGUUGGUUGAAGUUGCGGAGGAAUAUAAAUUGCAUACGGAAACUUUAUACUUAUCUGUUAGUUACAUUGAUCGAUUUUUGAGUUAUAUGAGUGUUGUGAGGGCUAAAUUACAAUUGGUUGGGACUGCUGCCAUGUUUAUUGCUGCAAAAUAUGAAGAGAUUUAUCCUCCAGAUGUAGGUGAAUUUGUUUAUAUCACUGAUGAUACUUACAACAAACGUCAAGUAACUCGCAUGGAAAUGUUAAUAUUACGCAUUUUGGAUUUUGAACUUUCCAUUCCGACUCCAUAUACUUUUAUAACCGCAAUUGGAAUUGCGAAUGAAUUGCCGGAUAAUAUGUUAAAUUUGGCUAUGUAUAUCAGCGAAUUAUCUUUGUUGGAAGCUGAACCGACUUUAAAAUUAUUACCAUCGAUGAUUGCUGCAUCUUCUAUAGCUAUCGCAAGGCAUACGCUUGAAAUGGAGACUUGGACUAAAGGUUUAGAACAGUGUACGGGAUAUUCGUUGAAAGAUAUGGAUAAAACGAUUGAUUUUUUGUACAAAUUGUACCGUGGGGCUGGAUCGAUGCAACAACAGGCGAUUCAAUCGAAAUAUAAGUCUGCGAAAUUUUUACAUGUUGCUGAAAUAUCGCCGCGAAACGAGUCUAUUGACAUAGUUUAGAUAUAUUAAGAAACCACACAAGUAGGCGCAUUUAAUUGGUUAUUUUUAUACACGUUUAUGAAUAAAAAAUAAUUUUAUUUCAAUUAAAAAAGAAAAAAGAAAAGAAAAAAUAGUGAUAGCAGGAGAAGUGCCAUAAUAUUUUGGCGAUUUUACUUUUAUUUAUAUGUAGCUGCAUUUACUCUUAUUACACGUUUAAGAAUGUUUCUUUUUUAAUAAUUUUCUACUCUUAUCACAACGAAAAUAGUAACCACAAUAAACAGAAAAUGAUUGAUAAUCAAUCCCCGUAUUUUUAUGUACAGUAAUUUAUUUUUGUGUAACAUACUGUUUUUCGUGUUUUAAGCACGUUUCUAAUUUUUUUUUUUUUUUUAGUAUACUCUGUUUUAUAAGUUGCAUUUAUUAAUAUAUUUAAGUUUUUUUUUUUUGCUAUUUUAGUAUCAGUCGGAGGCCAUAUUUUUUAUAAAGUAAUAAGUUAUAAAAAGAAUACUUUGAUCUCUCUGACAAUGAAUGCCAUUUUUUUUAAUAUUUGUAAGUUUAUUUUUUACAGGCAGUAUUUCUCGACUCUAACGUAAAAUGUUUUGAUACGUUUUGUAUUUUUUAUUGCAAUAAAUUCUCUUUGAGAUAAAA